AUGAACUUCAGCCACAGCUUCAACCUGACCCCUUCCAGCUUCCUUCACGGCAUAGGAGGAGGCCCGGGUCGACCUGGGCACUGCCCUCAGCCUCCCAGUGUCCAUGGUGGCACAGGAGGCACCCGAGUGUCCCUGUCCUUCACCACGCCGAACUGCCAGCCGCCUGGAAGGCCAUGGGGGUCUGGAAGAGGAGGUUCCCUGCUCAGGGGAAAUGGGAAGGAGACCAUGCAGAACCUCAACGACCGCCUGGCCUCCUACCUGGACAAGGUGCGCGCCCUGGAGGAGGCCAACGGCGAGCUGGAGAGUCACAUUCUGAAGUGGCAUCAGCAGAGGGACCCUGGCAAGAAGCGCGAUUACUCCCACUAUGAGGAAAACAUCAGUCACCUGCAGGAGCAGAUAGCAGAUGGCAAAACGGCCAAUGCGCGGCUCAUCCUGCUCAUUGACAACGCCCAGAUGGCAGUGGAUGAAUUCAGCCUCAAGUACGAAAAUGAACACUCCUUCAAGAAAGACAUGGAAGCUGAAGUUGAAGGCCUCCGGAAGACCUUGGACAACCUGACCAUUGUCACGACGGACUUGGAACAGGAGGUGGAGGGAAUGAGGAAGGAGCUCAUCCUCAUGAAGAAGCACCAUGAGCAGGAAAUAGAGGAACAGCAUGUGCCAAAUGACUUCAAGGUCAAUGUGAAGUUGGAUACAACCCCAGGGGAAGAUCUAGUUAAGCUCCUGGAGGAUAUGAGGCAGGAAUAUGAGUUUCUAAUAAAAAAGAGACAUCAAGACAUGGACACUUGGUUUAAAGAACAGUCUGCAGCCAUGCCCCAGGAAGUGGCCAGUCCAGCAGUGGUUCAGCGUGGCCAGAGCGACAUCCAUGAGUUGAAACGGACAUUCCAGGCCCUGGAGAUAGACCUGCAGGCGCAGUCCAGCAGGAAAUCUGCCUUGGAGAACAUGCUGUCAGACACGCAGGCUCGCUACUCCUGCCAGCUCCGGGACAUGCAGCAGGUCAUCUCCCACUACGAGGAGGAGCUCAGGCAGCUCCGCCAAGACCUGGAGCGUCAGAACUACGAGUACACGGUCCUCCUGGGCAUCAAAACCCACCUAGAGAAGGAGAUUGCCACCUACCGCCAGCUCCUGGAAGGGGACAGUGAAGGGGUAAUAGAAGAAGCUAAGUCAAGUGUGAAAGUGUCUACAGCGCCGAAAAUCAAAGCCAUCACCCAGGAGAGCGUCAAUGGAAGAAUAGUUCUUUCUCGAGUAAAUGAGAUCCAAAAGUAUGUGUGA